AUGAGUGAAACAGACAAGCUUAAUGUUGAAAGUAUCAUCUCUAGAUUACUAGAAGUUCGUGGUUCUAGGCCUGGUAAAAAUGUCCAAUUGUCGGAAAGUGAAAUUCGUGGUUUAUGUUUAAAAUCGCGUGAAAUAUUUUUGAGUCAACCUAUCCUAUUAGAACUAGAGGCUCCUUUAAAAAUCUGUGGUGAUAUUCACGGGCAGUACUAUGAUUUAUUAAGGCUUUUCGAAUAUGGCGGUUUUCCACCUGAUUCUAAUUACUUAUUCCUGGGUGAUUAUGUUGAUCGUGGCAAGCAAUCACUGGAAACAAUUUGCUUACUCUUAGCAUAUAAAAUUAAGUAUCCCGAGAAUUUCUUUUUGUUACGAGGGAAUCAUGAAUGCGCUAGUAUUAAUAGAAUAUAUGGAUUUUACGAUGAAUGUAAAAGGAGGUACAAUAUCAAACUGUGGAAGACGUUUACCGAUUGCUUUAAUUGUUUACCAGUAGCAGCUAUAUUAGACGAAAAGAUCUUUUGUUGUCAUGGCGGUCUAUCUCCGGAUCUUAUGUCUAUGGAACAAAUUAGAAGAAUCAUGAGACCAACAGACGUUCCUGAUCAAGGAUUACUAUGCGAUUUAUUAUGGUCGGAUCCUGAUAAAGAGAUAAUGGGCUGGGGUGAGAAUGAUCGUGGAGUCUCAUACACGUUUGGUGGUGAGGUCGUUGGUAAAUUCUUAAGCAAACAUGACUUGGAUUUGAUUUGUCGCGCACAUCAGGUUGUGGAAGAUGGCUAUGAAUUUUUUGCUAAGCGUCAAUUGGUUACACUAUUUUCUGCACCUAAUUAUUGUGGUGAAUUCGAUAAUGCUGGUGCUAUGAUGAGUGUCGAUGAGACAUUAAUGUGCUCGUUCCAGAUUCUUAAACCGGCGGAUAAGAAGAAAUUUUCUUAUAGCAAUGUCAAUCCUGGAAGGCCUAAUACACCUCCAAAAAAUCAGAAACCAAAAGGCGUAAAAAAAUAA